UUUCGCGGAGGUAAAUGAGUAAAAGAGUUUUUGUAGAAAAUGGAAGCCCAGAGUGGUGAGUAAGUCCAAUUCUCGGUGGUGCCGAGUGGAGUCCCAUAGCAAGGACGCCAGAAAGAGGAGGGAAAAUACUGUUACUCAAAGCCGCUUCUCUAGCCCUAACAAAUUCCAUACUCUAACUCGUAGUUUCUGCAAAUCCUCAUUUAACUUCACCAAUUGCUCCCAUACAGUAUCUGUUCAACAUCACUCUCUCCCAAUUGCGAGAGGUAGAGCUCUCGUUUGCUUUCGACACAGAGGUUUUAGAUUAUCGUUACUCUAUUGAACCCUAGAGAGAAUCGUAGCAUAGGCGUUUUCGACUCUGAAUUCUUCUGUUCCUCGAAGAUUGAAGCUAGCCAGUUAGGGUUUUAGCGUUUUAUGAUUUCCCUCUCACUUCUACAACUCCAUCAUGAGUCCCGUUCAGGAUUUCGAGCAACAUUCUCGUCAUCUCGUGGAGGCCGACCUCCCAAUUCAGGUGAGGCUGCAGAUGGUGAUGGAGGUUAGGGAUAGUCUUGAGAUUGCUCACACUGCCGAGUACUUGAAUUUUCUAAAGUGUUACUUCAGGGCAUUCUCAGCGAUACUGCUGCAAAUUACGAAGCCACAGUAUGUGGAUAAUCAGGAGCACAAGCUUCGGAAUAUUGUGGUUGAGAUAUUGAAUAGACUUCCACACAGUGAAGUUCUCCGUCCCUUUGUACAGGACCUCUUGAAGGUUGCCAUGCAAGUGCUUACCACGGAUAAUGAGGAGAAUGGCUUAAUUUGUAUCCGAAUAAUCUUUGACCUUUUGAGGAACUUUAGGCCGACUCUAGAAAAUGAAGUCCAGCCAUUUCUGGACUUCGUCUGCAAGAUUUACCAAAAUUUUAAACUGACUGUUAGCCAUUUCUUUGAGAACAUGGCAAUGACUGGGGAAGAUGUCAAGCCCAUGGAGACUUCACUUUCUGAUCAAGGUAUAAACACUGCCACUGCAACUGGUUCACAGCUUAAUCCAAGUACGCGCUCAUUCAAGAUAGUUACAGAGAGUCCACUGGUGGUGAUGUUUCUGUUUCAAUUAUAUAGCCGUUUAGUGCAAUCAAAUAUUCCUCAAUUAUUGCCAUUGAUGGUUGCCGCUAUAUCAGUUCCCGGCCCUGAAAGGGUUCCUCCCCAUUUGAAAAAUCAUUUCAUCGAGCUUAAGGGUGCACAGGUUAAGACAGUGUCCUUUUUAACUUAUCUGUUGAAGAGCUAUGCUGAUUAUAUAAGGACACAUGAAGAAAGUAUAUGUAAAAGCAUUGUGAAUUUGCUUGUUACAUGCUCUGAUUCUGUAUCCAUUAGAAAGGAGUUAUUAAUAUCCCUGAAACAUGUCCUUGGAACUGAUUUCAGGAGAGGUUUAUUUCCUCUUAUCGAUACUCUAUUGGAAGAAAGGGUUCUAGUUGGGUCUGGACGAGCAUGCUUUGAGACUUUGAGGCCCUUGGCUUAUAGUCUUUUGGCAGAGAUUGUACAUCAUGUUCGACAGGAUCUCUCCUUAUCACAGUUGUCGCGAAUUAUUUACUUGUUCUCAAGUAAUAUGCAUGACGCUUCUUUAUCAUUGAGCAUCCACACCACUUGUGCUCGCUUGAUGUUGAAUCUGGUGGAACCAAUUUUUGAGAAAGGGGUAGAUCAACAAUCUACCGAUGAUGCAAGGAUUCUAUUGGGUCGCAUUCUGGACGCUUUUGUCGGGAAAUUCAGUACUUUCAAACGGACAAUUCCCCAGCUUUUGGAGGAAGGUGAGGAAGGAAAGGAUCGUGCUACCUUGAGAUCAAAGCUUGAACUUCCUGUGCAGGCAGUUUUGGCUUUGCAGGUUCCUGUGGAGCAUUCAAAGGAGGUCAAUGAUUGCAAACAUUUGAUUAAGACAUUAGUGAUGGGAAUGAAGACCAUCAUAUGGAGCAUCACUCAUGCACACUCCCCUAGACCACAGGCUCUUGUCUCACCAUCUUCUAAUUUAUCAACACCUCAAGCAUUGAGGGGCAUGAGAGAAGAUGAGGUGUGCAAAGCUUCAGGUGUUUUAAAAAAUGGUGUUCAUUGCUUGGCACUUUUCAAGGAGAAGGAUGAGGAGAGGGAAAUGCUGCAUCUCUUCUCACAGAUUUUGGCCAUCAUGGAACCUCGUGAUCUUAUGGAUAUGUUCUCCCUGUGUAUGCCUGAGCUUUUUGAGUGCAUGAUCUCCAACACUCAACUUGUCCAUAUAUUCUCUACCCUUCUAGCAGCCCCAAAAGUGUACCGGCCAUUUGCUGAUGUGCUUGUUAAUUUUCUCGUGAGCAGCAAACUUGAUGUCUUGAAGCAACCAGAUUCACCUGCAGCAAAACUGGUUUUGCAUCUAUUUCGGUUUAUAUUUGGUGCCGUUGCUAAAGCACCAUCUGAUUUUGAACGGAUUUUGCAGCCUCAUGCCCCUGUUAUAAUGGAAUUUUGCAUGAAAAAUGCCACUGAACUUGAAAGACCUCUUGGCUACAUGCAGUUGCUUCGUACAAUGUUCAAGGCACUUUCAGGGUGCAAGUAUGAACUUUUGCUCCGGGAUUUGGUCCCCAUGUUGCAGCCCUGCCUUAAUAUGCUGCUGGCUAUGCUGGAAGGGCCAACUGGCGAAGAUAUGAGAGAUCUUUUAUUGGAGCUCUGCUUGACCUUACCUGCUCGUUUGAGCUCUCUGUUACCAUACCUUUCUCGUCUUAUGAAGCCUUUGGUACUAUGUCUCAAGGGAAGUGACGAAUUAGUGAGUCUUGGUUUACGAACACUUGAGUUUUGGGUUGAUAGUUUAAAUCCUGAUUUCCUUGAACCCAUCAUGGCCAGUGUUAUAUCUGAGGUGAUUCUUGCCUUGUGGUCUCACUUAAGACCAGCUCCCUAUUCCUGGGGUGCAAAAGCAUUGCAGCUUCUUGGCAAGUUAGGAGGCCGAAACAGACGAUUCCUCAAAGAGCCUCUGGCACUUGAGUGUAAGGAGAAUCCUGAGCAUGGGCUUCGCCUGAUUUUGACAUUUGAGCCUGCAACCCCAUUCUUGGUGCCUCUUGAUCGAUGCAUAAAUCUUGCUGUGGAAGCUGUAAUGAACAAAAAUUGUGGCAUGGAUGCUUUCUAUCGGAAGCAAGCUCUAAAGUUCCUUCGAGUUUGCCUAUCAUCUCAGCUCAAUUUGCCCGGAAGUGUUGCUGAUGAGGGAUCUACAUCCAAGCAGCUAUCUGCAUUGUUAGUUUCUACUGUUGAUCAAUCAUCACGCAGAUCUGAGUUAAUGGAUGUCAAGGCUGACUUAGGUGUAAAGACAAAGACCCAACUUAUGGCUGAGAAGUCUGUCUUCAAGAUUCUUUUGAUGACUGUUGUUGCUGCCAAUGGUGAGCCAGAUCUCACAGAUCCUACAGAUGAUUUUGUUGUCAAUAUAUGUCGCCAUUUUGCAGUGAUAUUUCACAUCGAUUCUUCAUCCAGCAACGUAUCAGCAACUGCACUUGGGGGUUCAUCACUCUCAAAUAGUGUUCAUGUUGGUUCUAGGUUAAAAAACAAUGCUUGUUCAAAUUUGAAGGAGCUAGACCCUCUGAUAUUCUUGGAUGCUUUAGUUGAUGUUCUAGCAGAUGAAAACAGGCUCCAUGCCAAAGCUGCUCUUGGUGCUUUAAAUGUGUUUGCAGAAACACUUGUAUUCCUAGCUCGUUCAAAACAUACUGACUUUAUAAUGUCCAGAGGGCCAGGAACACCAAUGAUUGUCUCUAGUCCAUCAAUGAACCCUGUAUAUUCUCCACCCCCCAGUGUUCAUGUUCCUGUAUUUGAACAACUUUUGCCCCGUCUUCUGCAUUGUUGCUAUGGACUUACGUGGCAAGCACAAAUGGGUGGUGUCAUGGGAUUGGGUGCUUUGGUUGGAAAGGUCACUGUUGAGACACUCUGCCUUUUUCAAGUAAGAAUUGUGCGUGGUUUAAUAUAUGUCCUUAAAAAGCUUCCUAUAUAUGCUAGCAAGGAGCAGGAGGAGACAAGCCAAGUGCUCACACAAGUUCUUCGAGUGGUAAAUAAUGCUGAUGAAGCUAAUAGUGAGGCACGGAAGCAAAGCUUUCAAGGAGUAGUUGAUUUUCUUGCUCAAGAGUUGUUCAACCAGAAUGCAUCUGUCAUUGUGAGAAAGAAUGUACAAUUAUGCCUGGCACUUUUAGCUAGCAGGACGGGUAGUGAGGUGUCAGAAUUACUUGAGCCACUGUAUCAACCUUUUCUCCAGCCACUUAUUGUGCGGUCACUUAAGUUAAAGACUGUUGAUCAACAAGUUGGAACAGUUACAGCAUUGAAUUUUUGUCUAGCAUUGAGGCCACCUCUUCUCAAGUUGACUCCAGAGUUAGUUAACUUCCUGCAAGAAGCCUUGCAAAUAGCAGAAUCUGAUGACAAUGCCUGGGUUGCUAAGUUUAUCAACCCCAAAGUAAUGACAUCGUUGACUAAACUUCGAACAGCUUGCAUUGAGCUGCUUUGUACGACAAUGGCAUGGGCUGAUUUUAAAACUCCAAAUCAUGCUGAAUUGCGUGCCAAGAUCAUUUCAAUGUUUUUUAAGUCUUUAACCUGUCGAACUCCGGAAAUUGUUGCUGUUGCAAAGGAGGGCCUGCGACAGGUAAUUAAUCAAAGGAUGCCCAAAGAACUUCUACAAAGCAGCCUUAGGCCUAUAUUGGUCAAUUUGGCGCACACAAAAAAUCUCAGCAUGCCUCUUCUGCUUGGUCUAGCCCGCUUGCUUGAGCUGUUAUCCAAUUGGUUUAAUGUUACCUUGGGUGGCAAACUUCUAGAGCAUCUAAAGAGGUGGCUGGAGCCUGAGAAGUUGGCACAGAGUCAGAAGUCAUGGAAGGCUGGUGAAGAACCUAAAAUUGCUGCAGCUAUAAUUGAGCUUUUUCACUUGCUUCCUCCUGCUGCUUCAAAGUUCCUUGAUGAACUUGUAACCUUGACUAUUGAUUUGGAAGGAGCUCUUCCCCCAGGACAAGUAUAUAGUGAAAUCAAUAGUCCAUAUCGCCUUCCCCUUACAAAGUUUUUAAAUCGUUAUGCACCCCUUGCAGUUGAUUAUUUCCUUGCUCGGUUAAGUGAACCAAAGUAUUUCAGGCGUUUCAUGUAUAUAAUUCGUUCAGAAGCUGGCCAGUCAUUGAGAGAUGAGCUUGCGAAAUCACCACAAAAGAUACUUGCAAGUGCUUUCCCUGAAUUUCUACCAAAACCUGAUGUGACAAUGGCUCCUGCAUCCACAAGCACACAUACUAUAUUAGGUGAAGAAAGUGUUGUUGCUCCAUCAACUGAUGCUUCUAAUCCACCUGCUCCUCCUCCCAAUGCAACAUCUGAUGCUUACUUUCAGGGACUAGCACUGAUAAAAACCCUGGUCAAAUUAAUCCCUGGUUGGUUACAAAGUAAUCGUAGUGUGUUUGAUACAUUGGUACUUGUUUGGAAAUCACCUGCAAGAAUAUCCCGGUUGCAAAAAGAACAGGAGCUGAACCUAGUGCAAGUUAAAGAAAGCAAGUGGCUUGUCAAAUGCUUCCUUAAUUACUUGAGACAUGACAAAAAUGAAGUGAAUGUUCUCUUUGAUAUACUUACCAUAUUCUUAUUUCAUAGUCGGAUUGACUAUACAUUUCUGAAGGAGUUUUACAUUAUUGAGGUGGCUGAAGGCUAUCCACCAGGCAUGAAAAAGUCUCUUCUAAUGCAUUUUCUCAGCCUUUUCCAAUCAAAACAACUUGGUCAUGAGCAUUUAGUGAUUGUGAUGCAAAUGCUGAUUCUUCCAAUGCUUGCACAUGCCUUUCAAAAUGGUCAAAGUUGGGAAGUUGUUGAUCCUGCUAUCAUAAAAACAAUUGUUGAUAAACUUCUUGAUCCACCAGAGGAGGUUUCUGCUGAGUAUGAUGAGCCUUUAAGAAUAGAACUAUUGCAGCUUGCCACUUUACUUCUUAAAUAUCUUCAGAAUGAUCUUGUCCAUCAUAGGAAGGAACUGAUAAAGUUUGGGUGGAAUCAUCUUAAGCGUGAAGACACUGCAAGCAAACAAUGGGCAUUUGUGAAUGUCUGCCAUUUCUUGGAGGCAUAUCAAGCCCCAGAAAAAAUAAUACUCCAGGUUUUUGUUGCUCUUCUCAGGACUUGCCAACCAGAAAAUAAAAUGUUGGUCAAGCAGGCUCUUGAUAUUCUAAUGCCAGCACUUCCAAGACGUUUGCCUCUUGGUGAUUCUCGGAUGCCCAUAUGGAUAAGAUACACCAAGAAAAUCCUUGUUGAAGAAGGUCAUUCAAUUCCGAAUCUUAUUCACAUAUUCCAACUUAUUGUCCGCCAUUCGGAUCUCUUCUACAGCUGCAGAGCACAGUUUGUUCCUCAGAUGGUGAAUUCUCUCAGUCGCCUUGGAUUGCCUUAUAAUACCACUGCAGAAAACAGGCGUCUUGCCAUUGAACUCGCUGGAUUAGUUGUUAAUUGGGAGAGGCAAAGACAAAAUGAGAUGAAAGUUGUUACUGAUUCUGAUGCACCCAACCAAAUCAAUGAUGCCUUUAAUCCUAGCUCUGCUGAUUCUAAGCGAUCUGUGGAUGGGUCCACGUUUCCUGAAGAUACAACUAAGCGAGUAAAAGCAGAACCCGGUCUGCAAUCCCUAUGUGUCAUGUCCCCUGGUGGUCCUUCAUCAAUCACUAACAUUGAAACCCCGGGAUCUGCCAGUCAACCUGAUGAAGAAUUUAAACCAAAUGCUGCAAUGGAGGAAAUGAUUAUCAAUUUUCUUAUCAGAGUUGCGCUGGUCAUAGAGCCUAAGGACAAAGAAGCAAGUGCCAUGUACAAACAAGCUUUGGAGCUACUUUCACAAGCUUUGGAGGUGUGGCCGAAUGCAAAUGUAAAAUUUAAUUAUUUGGAAAAGCUUCUGAGCAGUAUACAGCCAUCUCAAGCAAAGGAUCCAUCCACUGCACUGGCACAGGGUUUGGAUGUCAUGAACAAAGUUUUAGAGAAACAACCUCACUUGUUCAUAAGAAAUAACAUUAACCAGAUUUCUCAAAUUCUUGAACCAUGUUUCAAGCAUAAACUUUUAGAUGCUGGCAAAUCUUUUUGCUCACUGUUGAAGAUGAUUUUUGUCGCUUUUCCUCAAGAAGCAACUACCACACCUGCUGAUGUUAAGUUGUUGUACCAGAAACUUGAUGAUUUGAUACAGAAGCAUGUUACCACUGUCACAGCUCUUCAAACGUCUAGUGAUGAUAAUAAUGCUAGUUCAAUCAGUUUCUUGUUGCUUGUCAUAAAAACCUUGACAGAGGUACAAAGGAACUUUGUUGAUCCUUCAAUUUUGGUUCGCAUCCUUCAACGACUGCAACGUGAUAUGGGUUCAUCUGCAGGGUCUCAUUUAAGACAAGGUCAGAGAACAGAUCCAGAUUCAGCAGUCACAUCUUCUCGUCAAGGUGCUGAUGUUGGAGCAGUUAUUUCAAAUCUAAAAUCAAUUUUGAAACUUAUCACUGAUAGAGUGAUGGUUGUUACUGAGUGCAAGCGAUCUGUAUCUCAAAUAUUGAAUGCUUUACUCUCCGAGAAAGGAAUUGAUGCUAGUGUACUACUUUGUAUACUUGAUGUGGUUAAAGGGUGGAUUGAAGAUGACACAUGUAAACAAGGAACUUCAGUCACACCAAGUGCCUUUCUCACUCCUAAGGAGAUAGUUUCUUUUCUUCAAAAGCUUUCACAAGUUGAUAAACAAAACUUCACACCAGUUUCUCUGGAAGAGUGGGACAAGAAAUAUCUUGAACUUCUUUAUGCUAUUUGUGCAGAUUCAAAUAAAUACCCUUUACCCUUGCGUCAAGAGGUCUUUCAGAAGGUGGAAAGGCUAUUUAUGCUUGGUUUACGAGCCAGAGAUCCCCAAGUUAGGAUGAAAUUUUUCUCUCUCUAUCAUGAGUCUCUUGGAAAAACUCUUUUUACCAGACUUCAGUUUAUUAUCCAAAUUCAAGACUGGGGCGCUUUGAGUGAUGUCUUCUGGCUCAAACAAGGCCUUGAUCUACUCUUGGCGAUAUUAGUUGAGGAUAAACCUAUUACACUAGCUCCAAAUUCUGCCAGGGUUCAACCACUUUUGGUGUCAAGUUCUAUUCUGGAAUUAUCUGGGAUGCCACACAAGGUUAAUGAUGUAUCUGAAGGAUCUGAGGAUGCUCCACUAACGUUUGAGACCCUUGUGCUUAAGCAUGCCCAGUUUCUUAAUAGCAUGAGCAAACUCCAGGUGGCUGAUCUAUUAAUUCCAUUGAGAGAGUUAGCCCACACAGAUGCUAAUGUUGCAUAUCAUUUAUGGGUGCUGGUAUUUCCAAUUGUCUGGGUUACAUUGCAUAAAGAAGAGCAAGUAACACUUGCUAAACCAAUGAUUAAUCUUUUGUCUAAAGAUUACCAUAAGAGGCAGCAAGCCAACAGACCAAAUGUAGUGCAAGCUCUAUUAGAAGGGCUUCAGUUGAGCCAUCCGCAACCUAGAAUGCCAAGUGAGCUCAUUAAAUAUAUUGGGAAAACUUAUAAUGCAUGGCACAUUGCACUGGCUUUGCUGGAAAGUCAUGUUAUGUUGUUCCCGAAUGAUUCUAAAUGCUCUGAGUCUCUGGCUGAGCUCUAUCGUUUGCUCAAUGAAGAGGAUAUGAGAUGUGGUCUGUGGAAGAAGAGAUCAGUCACUGCAGAAACCCGGGCUGGGCUUUCUCUUGUUCAGCACGGUUACUGGCACCGUGCCCAAAGUCUCUUUUAUCAAGCCAUGGUGAAGGCAACUCAAGGAACAUAUAACAACACCGUUCCUAAGGCUGAGAUGUGUCUAUGGGAAGAGCAAUGGUUGUACUGUGCUAGUCAACUUAGUCAAUGGGAUGCGCUCGCAGACUUUGGCAAGAGUGUUGAGAAUUAUGAAAUUCUGCUUGACAGUCUUUGGAAAUUGCCUGAUUGGACAUAUAUGAAGGAGCAUGUCAUUCCCAAAGCUCAAGUGGAAGAAACUCCAAAGCUUCGUCUAAUUCAGGCAUACUUUGCUCUUCAUGAUAAAAAUACAAAUGGCGUCGGGGAUGCUGAGAAUAUGGUAGGUAAAGGAGUUGAUCAUGCUCUAGAGCAAUGGUGGCAGCUGCCUGAAAUGUCUGUUCAUUCCAGAAUUCCUCUUUUGCAGCAAUUUCAACAAAUAGUUGAAGUUCAAGAGUCAGCCAGAAUUCUAAUGGAUAUUUCCAAUGGAAAUAAACUCUCUGGCAAUUCGGUGGUUGGUGUGCAAGGAAACCUUUAUGCUGAUCUGAAGGACAUCCUUGAGACGUGGAGACUAAGAACUCCAAAUGAAUGGGAUAAUAUGUCUGUUUGGUAUGAUUUGCUGCAGUGGAGGAAUGAAAUGUACAACUCUGUAAUAGACGCUUUCAAAGAUUUUGGCACCACAAAUUCUGCACUUCAUCAUCUUGGUUACCGUGAUAAAGCAUGGACUGUCAACAGGCUUGCACACAUUGCUCGUAAGCAAGGCCUUUUUGAUGUUUGUGUUACCAUACUUGAAAAAUUAUAUGGCCAUUCAACCAUGGAAGUGCAGGAAGCAUUUGUUAAGAUAACUGAACAGGCAAAGGCAUACUUAGAAAAUAAGGGAGAACAUACAAGUGGUAUUAAUCUGAUCAACAGCACUAAUCUAGAGUAUUUUCCUGCAAAGCACAAGGCUGAAAUUUUCCGUCUGAAAGGAGACUUCUUUUUAAAAUUGAAUGAUUCUGAAAGUGCUAAUGUUGCUUAUUCGAAUGCCAUUAGUCUUUUCAAAAACUUGCCUAAAGGAUGGAUAAGCUGGGGAGACUACUGUGAUAUGGCUUACAGAGAAACUCAUGAAGAGAUUUGGUUGGAAUAUGCCGUUAGCUGCUUCUUGCAAGGUAUAAAAUUUGGUGUGUCCAAUUCAAGAAGCCAUCUUGCUCGCGUUCUUUAUCUUCUUAGCUUUGAUACUCCUAAUGAGCCUGUUGGAAGGGCAUUUGAUAAGUACUAUGAACAAGUACCACAUUGGGUUUGGCUAUCCUGGAUACCACAGCUCUUACUCUCUUUGCAGAGGACAGAAGCUCCUCACUGUAAACUUGUUCUUCUGAAGAUUGCAACCUUGUAUCCUCAGGCUCUGUAUUAUUGGUUGCGCACAUACUUGCUGGAAAGACGUGAUGUUGCCAAUAAAUCUGAACAUGGUAGAAUAGCAAUGGCUCAACAAAGAACACAACAAAGUGUUUCUGGUACUAGUGCUGGUUCUCUUGGUGGGUUGGCUGAUGGAAAUGCAAGAGUGCAAGGUCCAGGUGGGAGUAACUUGCCAUCUGAUAUUCAAGCUCACCAAGGCUCCCAGCCUGCAGGUGGAAUUGGAUCUCAUGAUGGUGGAAAUUCACAUGGGCAAGAACCCGAAAGGUCUACAAGUGCUGAAAGCAACAUACACAAUGGAAAUGACCAGCCUUUGCAGCAAGGUUCUGCAAAUCUCAAUGAAGGUGGUCAAAAUACUUUAAGACGUGCUGGUGCUUUAGGUUUUGUGGCUUCAGCUGCCAGUGCUUUUGAUGCUGCAAAAGAUAUAAUGGAGGCUCUUAGGGGCAAGCAUGCUAAUUUGGCUGGUGAACUCGAGAUCCUGCUCACAGAAAUUGGUUCAAGGUUUGUCACUCUUCCCGAAGAGAGACUUUUAGCAGUGGUAAAUGCAUUGCUCCACCGCUGCUACAAAUAUCCAACUGCUACAACUGCAGAAGUUCCGCAAUCUCUCAAGAAGGAGCUCUCAGGUGUUUGUAGGGCUUGCUUUUCUGCUGAUGCUGUAAAUAAGCAUGUUGAUUUUGUGAGGGAGUACAAACAAGAUUUUGAACGUGAUCUUGAUCCAGAAAGCACAGCUACUUUUCCAUCUACCCUCUCUCAACUGACUGAGCGGUUGAAACACUGGAAAAAUGUUCUUCAAAGCAAUGUUGAGGAUAGGUUUCCAGCAGUAUUAAAGUUGGAAGAAGAAAGCAGGGUAUUGCGCGACUUCCAUGUUAUAGAUGUUGAAGUUCCAGGGCAAUAUUUCACUGAUCAGGAAAUUGCACCAGAUCAUACCGUGAAAUUGGAUAGGGUUGCAGCUGAUAUUCCAAUUGUGAGAAGGCAUGGGAGCAGUUUUCGACGUUUGACUCUAAUUGGCUCUGAUGGUUCCCAACGUCAUUUUAUUGUCCAAACAUCUUUGACUCCCAAUGCUAGAAGUGAUGAGCGCAUACUGCAGCUUUUCCGCGUUAUGAACCAAAUGUUUGAGAAGCACAAGGAAUCAAGACGCCGUCACAUAUGCAUUCACACACCCAUAAUUAUUCCUGUUUGGUCCCAGGUUCGCAUGGUAGAAGAUGAUUUGAUGUAUAGUACUUUCCUUGAGGUCUAUGAGAAUCAUUGUGCAAGGAAUGACCGUGAGGCAGAUCUUCCAAUAACCUAUUUCAAGGAGCAGUUGAACCAAGCUAUAUCUGGGCAAAUAUCACCAGAAGCUGUUGUUGAUCUCCGUCUGCAAGCAUAUAAUGAAAUAACGAAAAACCUUGUUAAUGACAACAUCUUUUCACAGUAUAUGUACAAAACUCUACCUAGUGGCAACCAUAGUUGGGCAUUCAAGAAGCAAUUUGCCAUCCAGUUAGCCCUUUCAAGUUUCAUGUCCUUUAUGCUACAAAUUGGUGGGAGGUCUCCGAACAAGAUUUUGUUUGCAAAGAACACUGGAAAAAUAUUUCAAACUGAUUUUCAUCCUGCGUAUGAUGCUAAUGGAUUGAUCGAGUUUAAUGAACCAGUCCCAUUUAGGCUGACAAGGAAUAUGCAAGCCUUCUUCUCACAUGGAGUGGAAGGCCUUAUCGUAUCUUCAAUGUGUGCAGCUGCACAGGCUGUGGCUUCACCUAAACAAAGUCAGCACCUAUGGCAUCAUCUAGCAAUGUUUUUCCGUGAUGAGCUACUGUCCUGGUCUUGGAGAAGACCGCUUGGGAUGCCCAUGGCCCCUAUGGCUGCAGGUGGUACUAUGAGCCCCGUUGACUUCAAACAGAAAGUUAUCACAAAUGUGGAACAUGUUAUUACAAGGGUUAAGGGUAUCGCUCCUCAGAAUUUUUCUGAAGAGGAGGAGAAUGUUAUGGAUCCACCACAGCCUGUGCAGAGGGGUGUUACUGAGUUGGUUGAAGCUGCCUUGAACCCAAGGAACUUGUGCAUGAUGGAUCCAACGUGGCAUCCCUGGUUUUAAGUUCUGAUGGCAGUUUUUUCGUGAGAAGUCUGUAGCAGUACCGUAAAUAUGUGUACAUAUCCCAACUAUAUACUACUGUGAUUUUAGAUUGCAGUUCACAAAACGAAAUUUAGUUGAACUUAAUUUUGUAAAUUGAAGUUUAGUUAAAAGUAGAUUUAGUACAAUUUAAUUUGUUUGGUUACUUU